UCGCGGCGGCCCGUCCCCGAAGCACAGGGCGUCAUCAGCGGUGCCGUGUUCCUGAUCAUCCUCUUCUGCUUCAUCCCCGUGCCCUUCCUGAGGUGCUUUGUGGAGGAGCAGUGCGCGGCCUUUCCUCACGACGAGUUCGUGGAGCUCAUCGGUUCGCUCCUUGCCAUCUGCUGCAUGAUUUUCCUGGGCUUUGCAGAUGACGUUUUGAACCUGCGCUGGCGCCACAAGCUGCUUCUUCCUACCAUGGCUUCCCUCCCACUGCUCAUGGUUUACUUCACCAACUUUGGGAACACGACCAUUGUGGUGCCUAAGCCCUUCCGGGUGCUGCUGGGCAUGCACUUGGACCUGGGUAUCCUCUACUAUGUGUACAUGGGCAUGCUGGCAGUGUUCUGCACCAACGCCAUCAACAUUCUCGCUGGAAUUAACGGGAUUGAAGCAGGACAGUCACUGGUGAUAGCUGCUUCCAUUAUCGUAUUCAACAUUGUAGAGUUAAAUGGGGAUUAUCGAGAUGAUCACAUCUUUUCUCUCUACUUCAUGAUUCCCUUUUUUUUUACCACGCUGGGCCUAUUUUACCACAACUGGUACCCAUCUCGAGUGUUUGUUGGGGACACCUUCUGCUACUUUGCCGGCAUGACCUUUGCCGUGGUGGGGAUCUUGGGGCACUUCAGCAAAACCAUGCUGCUUUUCUUCAUCCCACAAGUGCUCAAUUUCCUCUACUCAUUGCCUCAACUCUUCCACAUCAUUCCUUGUCCCCGUCACCGGCUGCCAAGGCUUAACCCUACUACAGGAAAGUUGGAGAUGAGCUACUCCAAAUUCAAAACUAAGAGCCUCUCUGCCCUAGGAUCAAACAUUCUGAAGGUAGUCAAGAUCUUACAUGUAGUAGAUGUGAGGAGUGGAAUGGAUGAAGAUGGUGAAUACACUGAAUGCAAUAAUAUGACACUUAUUAACUUUGUCAUAAAGCUGAUUGGACCCACCCAGGAGCGAAAUCUCACUCUUCUAUUGCUACUCAUUCAGGUCCUGGGCAGCACCAUUGCAUUUUCCAUCCGGUACCAACUAGUGCGUUUGUUUUAUGAUGUCUGACUGGACCGUCAGGAGUAAGGGAAAGAGUUGUACCAGCCGGUCCAUUUUCUCCAGUUGCUGAUCAAAUGAUUCAACUGAUCUUACUCCAGCCCUCUGAGAACCUCAGAAUACCUGUCAAAACACAAGCAACUGCUCUAUGUGGGCUAGUCUUGAACCGUUUGUUUUGGGGUUUUUCGGUGCAUCAGAGGCUUUUGUCCAAUUCUGUUGAUGGAAAGGGUUCACUGCUACUUGGACAUCACUGUUACUGGGAAUACCUUUCAGAGGGAAAGCAAAUGACCCAAAUGUUUACUGACAGGGAAGUGGGAAAGAUGGAAUCUCUAUACAUCUAACAAGGAUGUUACUGUUCCUCAAGAGAGAAAACAGCAGCUUUAAAUUCUGUGAGAUGCUCUAGAGCACAAUAAGUAAACCAGAUUUCGCUCCUGGCUUUUCCAAUCCUUUGGUCCAUGGACAUAGAGUGACAUGUUAUAAACCAUGCUCAAAACUCAGAACGCUCCAAGAAUAAAAUAACUCAUGGUUCCCUUUCCCCUGCA